GACUCUUGGAGAUGAUGUCUGUAAGCUGACCAGGCUGUUAUCCAUGGUGCAGAGUCUUGUGUACAAUAGCUCACUCUUCCUGGAGGCACAGCCUUUUUUGGCGGUGAUGAGCCAGAGUGUCCAGUACUGCUUGUUGGACCCGCUUGUUAGUAGUGGACAGUCCUGCCCCACGGAUGACCACUGGGUAUUGAGGGACUAUGCCGCCAGGGUGCUCGCUCAUAUUGUCGGGAUCUGGGGCAACAGUGUUAACCACCUAGAGCGUUACACAGAGAAGACUCUACGAGAGGCUCUACAUGACCUGUCACGACCUUUUGCCUGCCACUAUGGGGCUGUUAUGGGGCUCAUGUACUUGGGGACUGAGAGUGUGGAGCGAGUGUUGGUCCCCCACCUGCAUGUGUACAUGCCUCAUCUGUUGGCCGCCCUCGAGUUCCAGGGUCUGGAGUUUGUCCAGCUGCAGACUAACGCUUGGAGUGUGCAUGGAGCUAUACUGCUUUGUGUGGAGCAUGUUUUACAAAAGUAUAUCAAACAGUUUCGGGAAGAAAACAUCACCGAUGCCACAAAUAACGGCGAGGCAAAAAAAGUGUUUAAGACCAUUUCUGAUUACGACACGAAAGUCUCAAAACGACCUUCAUUCAAUGGAUUCCUGUCAGCUUUCCACAAGUCACCUGUGUCGUUCUACUUUGAAAUGUUUGAAUACUUCGGAGAUGCCUUAACGUUGAGGCUACCUGAAAUAGCCGAACUGAAGUCUCAUGUGUUUAAGCCAAAAGAACGUGACUUGGUGACGUCAAUUUCGGAUCCGACUGCGGAUAAAUCGGGGGAAGAACUCCUCAGUGAGUUGGAAGAGGAAGUCAAGCGUGAGGAGCUUAUGAAGAAAAAACAGGUUAAGACGGAGACCGUCCACCUUCUCGACCGACAUCAAAGAGAUCGAGAGCGACGUGCAGCAGGUGUUCGACAACAGCUCAAACAAAGAGCUGCACAGCAACAAAAACUGGAUAAGUUCACACCAGCCAGCGACACAGACAUCGAGGUUAUAGAUGUCGAGGGUGUGGAUAAGUUGGAUUUCAGAGGCAGAUCAUCUCUGGCAAUCUCGAGUGCUUGUGAUGCCCCAGGGCAGGGGAUAAAAAUGACUUUUGCCAAACGAGCUAAGUUUACUCCAGAUAGUGCUUUUAGUGAGUCGUUAUACUUUACAGAAAUAAAAGAGAGGGACAGAAAUGAGGAAAACCCGGGUCGAAAACGGAAACAUAAUUCACCGAGCCCGGAUGUGGAUUUUUCACAGUUUCUUGGUGGAGGUAUUUAUCCUUCAUCAAGCUUUGAUAGUGUAAAACAAAGGAGAAGAGAUCCAUCAUUUGAAUGAAUUUUGUCUUUUACAUUUUUAUAAUAAAAUAUCAGCAAUAUCUGUU